GCGGCCGCACCCGCGCCCACCCGCGCCUGCCCCGCGCCGCAUGGAGGGCGCAGGGUCCCGGAGGGCCUGGCCGGUGCGGCGCCGGGGAUCCGGGAAUCUGUUGCCUCUGCCUCCGCUGCUGCUACUGCUGCUCUGGCUGCUGCCCCGUACCGCGACGCCCCAGGAGCUGAACCCGCGCGGUCGCAACGUGUGCCGCGCGCCGGGCUCUCAGGUGCCCACAUGCUGCGCUGGCUGGAGGCAGCAGGGGGAUGAAUGUGGGAUAGCGGUUUGUGAAGGCAAUUCCACGUGCUCAGAGAACGAGGUGUGCGUGCGACCGGGCGAGUGCCGCUGCCGCCAUGGCUACUUCGGUGCCAACUGCGACACUAAGUGCCCGCGCCAGUUCUGGGGCCCAGACUGCAAGGAGCGAUGUAGCUGCCACCCGCAUGGGCAGUGUGAAGACGUGACCGGCCAGUGUACGUGUCACGCGCGGCGCUGGGGUGCGCGCUGCGAACAUGCGUGUCAGUGCCAGCAUGGCACGUGCCACCCGCGGAGCGGCGCAUGCCGGUGUGAACCCGGCUGGUGGGGCUCUCAGUGCGCUAGUGCGUGCUACUGCAGUGCCACAUCGCGCUGCGACCCACAGACAGGAGCCUGCCUGUGCCAUGCAGGCUGGUGGGGCCGCAGCUGCAACAAUCAGUGCGCCUGUAACUCGUCGCCCUGUGAGCAGCAGAGCGGCCGCUGCCAGUGCCGCGAACGCACGUUCGGCGCGCGUUGCGAUCGUUAUUGCCAGUGCUUCCGCGGCCGCUGCCACCCUGUGGACGGCACGUGCGCCUGCGACCCGGGCUACCGCGGCAAGUACUGUCGCGAGCCGUGCCCCGCCGGCUUCUAUGGCCUGGGCUGUCGCCGUCGGUGCGGCCAAUGCAAGGGCCAGCAGCCAUGCACCGUCGCCGAGGGCCGCUGCCUGACGUGCGAGCCCGGCUGGAAUGGAACCAAAUGCGACCAGCCGUGUGCCACGGGCUUCUAUGGCGAGGGCUGCGGCCAUCGCUGCCCUCCCUGCCGCGACGGCCACGCCUGCAACCAUGUCACCGGCAAGUGUACGCGCUGCAACGCGGGCUGGAUAGGCGACCGGUGCGAGACCAAGUGCAGCAAUGGCACUUAUGGCGAGGAUUGUGCUUUCGUGUGCGCCGAUUGCGGAAGCGGUCACUGUGACUUUCAGUCGGGGCGCUGCCUUUGCAGUCCUGGUGUCCACGGGCCCCACUGUAAUGUGACGUGCCCGCCUGGGCUCCACGGCGUGGACUGCGCCCAAGCCUGCAGCUGCCACGAGGACUCGUGUGACCCGGUUACCGGUGCCUGCCGCCUGGAGACCAACCAGCGCAAGGGUGUAAUGGGCGCAGGAGCGCUGCUCGCCCUUCUCCUCGGCCUGCUGCUCUCUCUGCUAGGCUGCUGCUGCGCAUGCCGCGGCAAGGAACCCUCCCGCAGGGAGCUCUCGCUUGGAAGGAAGAAGGCGCCUCAACGCCUAUGUGGGCGCUUCAGCCGUAUUAGCAUGAAGCUGCCCCGGAUCCCACUCCGCAGGCAGAAACUGCCCAAAGUCGUAGUGGCCCAUCACGACCUGGACAACACCCUCAACUGCAGCUUCCUGGAACCUCCCUCAGGACUGGAGCAGCCCUCACCAUCAUGGUCUUCCAGGGCCUCCUUCUCCUCCUUUGAUACCACAGAUGAAGGCCCUGUGUAUUGUGUACCCCAUGAGGAGGUUGCAGCUGACAGCCGAGACUCAGAGGCCCCCAUUGCUCCUGCCGAGGCUCUGGCACCUUCUCCUGCACCCUUGAGCACUCCCGCAUCAGCAGAGGAAGCAACUCCCCUCCCUGCAUCUUCCGACAGCGAGCGGUCAGCUUCCAGCGUGGAAGGGCAGGGCGGGGCGCUAUACGCUCGCGUGGCCCGGCGCGAGGCCCGGCCGGCCCGGGCCCGGGCCGAGGCUGGGGGCUUGUCCCUGUCGCCAUCGCCCGAGCGCAGAAAGCCGCCGCCACCUGAUCCCGCCACCAAGCCUAAGGUGUCCUGGAUCCACCGCAAGCAUGGCGCAGCUGCCGCGGCCCGAGCGCCCUCGCCGCCACCUCAGGUCCCCGAGACUGCGCCCAGCCCCAGCAAAAGAAAACGGACACCCAGCGACACGUCGGCGCGGCCUGAAGAGCCCGGCAGCCCACGGGCCCGCGACCCGACGCCAAGGCCCCCCGGGCUGGCCGAGGAGGCUUCAGCCCUAGUCACUCCCUCGCCGCCCCAGGCCCGAGCGCGGGGCCGCGGCCCCGGCUUCUUGGAGCCUACGGACACCGUUGGUCCCCCACGCAGCGCGCCCGAGGCCGCAUCUAUGCUGGCGGCAGAGCUGCGUGGCAAGACUCGCAGCUUGGGCCGCGUCGAGGGGGCCCUAGGCGCACAGAGUCCUCGGGAGAAGCCGGCGCCGCCGCAGAAGGCCAAGCGCUCUGUGCUGCCCGCCUCGCCGGCCCGAGGAUCCCUUGUGCCGGAGGUAACUGGGCCAGAGAAGGCGGUGGCCGGAGCGCUGGCGCCCGAGACCCCUCGGAAGAAGACCCCUAUCCAAAAACCGCCACGCAAGAAGAGCCGGGAGGCUGCGGGAGAGCUGAGCAGGGUGGGAGCUCCCACCCUGUAGUAGGAGCGGCCCCACAACACCCGCAGCUUCCCGGGUUUAGCCGCAUAGCUUGCCACCCAGCCUUCCGCGCCCCCCGCCCAACCCUCCGUUUCUUCGGCCCAGCUUGUGCACGGAGGCCUCCCAUUGGCCACGCCCCCUAGCCUCAGAGCAGGAGGCUAUGCCUGAUUGGUUCAAGCUCCAGCAGCCGCCCAUCCAUCAAAGAGCGCUUAGGCACGAAGUUCCCCAUUCUAUUGGUGGAGACCUGACAAGCCCAUAGAAGACAAUUCCUUCGUCAUUGGCCGGUUAUUGAGCUCUCCGACCUACCUGCGUCUCAUUGGCCAAAACCAGGAGGAUUCCGCCUGGAGACUUCCUCUUACUGGCCAAGAGUGCACUUAACUGGGGAUACCUUCUAAAUGGCUGAAGACAGAAUUCUGCCUCGGCUGCUUCUCAUUGGCCAGGGCCUGGAGCCUUUGGCUGAAGGUUCCCUUCCUUGUGGGUAGCUUGAGGGCACUUCCACGACCCCCUGCUAGGUAUCUGGUUGACCCAAGCUUUUCGGGGAGGGCUGGUCUGCUCCUCAGGGUGUUGGGCUCCCCUGUUCACCCCCAGCUCCUGCCUCCCAACCCUGGCCCCUGAGCUGUCGAGCUGGUUUUGAUGGCCUCCCACUACCCUACAUGCUGUGGGAACCCCAGGGGUGAUUCCAAUGGCCCGAGGAGAUGUAUUUAUAGGCCCCCGGCAGGGCUACUCCCACCCUGCCCUGGGAACCCCAGGAUGGGUUCCUUCUGGCAGGGGCUUGGCCAAAGCUUUCUUAAUAAAGUGCCUUU